UUUGGAACCAUAAAAGUUUUAAAUUUUUAAAUUUAAAUUAAUUUUUCGAAAUGCCCGUCGAUGUUACUGUUUACAUUGUUUAUUUUAUUUUGGUUGUGAUCAUUUGUAUCUUAGGGCGUUUGUUUUGUGUGUGUGCCAUGCACAAAGCUGUUGUUGAUCAACCAGUUCCUUUGUCCCAGUUGCAACGUGAUCGUGAUCAACGUCUGAUUUUACAACAAAUACGCAUCGAUCCACCUGGUAUGGUUGCGGAUUCAACCGCAGACCGUCAAAAUAAUAGCUUGGAGCUGGGGCGACAACAAAGCCGAUAUGGGGACAUAUUCUUUAUCGAGCCAAACAGCCCGGAGGCUGCACGCAUACGGGAGCAGCUGGAGAAGGAUGAAAAGGAUCUGCCCAGUUAUGAUGAAGUGAUGCGUAUGUGCAAUCUAACAACGCCAACGGCAGCUGCAGCAUUGCCAACGCCACCGCCGCCGCCCAUUGAAUCCACUUCAAUUGGCAUUGCUGCAUUGCCCGCACCACCAUACACCGAAAAUGAUCCGCAUCCAAAUGCAGUUGUCAUCGAUGCGAAUGCCGUCACUCCGAGUCCUUUGGAAUCGACACCGUCGACCUCACGAGCUGCUCAAAUCCAAAUAGCGUAGCAUGAGCAAAAGUGAUCCCAAUGCAGCAGUGUGAAUCUGUUGCUGCAGCAUUCCUGUGCCACUCUGUGGGCCACACAAAUUGACAUUUGUGUGUGCCACAUAUUGAGAUACGAAAAAUGUGUGAUUUUUUUAAGUAUAACUAGGCAUUAACUUAGUAAGCGACUAGUUUUUCAUAAUUGUAAAUAUUUAUAAAUUUAAGCUGCAAUAAAUAAUAUAGGUUUGCUUGGAAUUAU